AUGGUUCCAGCAACGUUGAAUGUUGAUAUUCGCUCGCAGCUUCACAUUGGCGGCAUUGAUGGAAAAUCAAAUAAGUAUGUUGCAGACCUUAUUAACACCUCUCUCCUCGAACCCAUGCAAGCAUACCAACCACUUGCCUGUCUUCCUCCAUUCGACGAAAAAUCCGAGGUAUUAAAGCUUGAUGUUUAUUCUGUGUAUUCGAGAUUAUUAUAAGUUAUAGCAUGGCAUUCAAUCAGGGCGAUUAGUGAUUAAAUGUACCCGAAAGCCGAGACAGGUUUAGUUACUAAACCUCUCGAGGCUUGAGGGACAUUUCAUCACUAAUCGACCGUAAUGCCAUGCUAUUACUUUGUAAUAUCAUAGUUGCCGAGGGAAUCGCGCGUGGUGUGUUGCCUGUUUCGAAUGCUGUUUGAUUGUCUUAUGAUUGUGGUACGAACACUUUUCAUAUAUACGCACGCGCAGAAACACAUCUCCGUGUUCAUUCGUUUUAGGCAUGCGCAUAAACGGAAUUUUCUUCCACAAUUGUAAUGUUCAAGAUUAGGGAAUAAAAAAAUUGUUCGAAUGUGUACGGGACGGUGUCGUCAGAUACUGUCCAUAGUUGUGCCGAUGAUUUUCGAUGAGGUACAGCUCUCCAAUCAGAGGUAAUGAGGUACGCUUUUAUCUUCUAAAUUUCCCUCAUCAAGCAUGCAGGGGAAAAUUAGAAGACAAAGAAAUCCUUUGUUUUCAACUAAAUUUCCCGGGUUAAUUUAGUUGAAAACAAAGGAUUUCUUUGUCUUCUAAUUUUCCCCUGCAUGCUUGAUGAGGGAAAUUUAGUUGAAAACAAAGGAUUUCUUUGUCUUCUAAUUUUCCCUUGCAUGCUUGAUGAGGGAAAUUUAGAAGACAAAAGCGUAUGCAUGAGUAAUGAGGUAAAUUAGUGAUUAAUCGUACCUCGCGAGACAAAGUAUUUCGAGGCAACUAUGAUAUUACUAACGUUAAACCCCCGCAAAGCGUGUGGUCCGGACGAGGUGCCUAACUGGCUACUUAAAGAAUAUGCAGAAUUUCUUGCAAACCCUGUUUGUAACAUCUUAAACAAUUCAUUUGAGGGACAAGCGCUUCCAGCAUCAUGGAAAUAUAUGCCAAUAUCACACCACUGUCUAAGACGAAACCGGUUUCAAUAAUUGCCAAGCAUAUAAGACCCAUUUCGCUAACAUCAGCUCUAUCGAAGUUAGCUGAGGACUUUAUCGUUAAGAAUUAUGUUGGACCUGCUGUUCUUGAAAUCGUCGAUCCCAAUCAAUUUGGUGCCAUCCUGAAGUCGUCUACUACUCAGGCUCUUAUAUCCAUGAUGCAUGCGUGGACUUGGAACAGGUGCAGCAGUGAGGAUCAUAUUGCUAGACUAUAAAAAAGCUUUUGACCUGAUCGACCACCGCAUUCUAGUUGACAAAGUCCUUUCCCUUCGAAUACCAUGUGGUGUAGCUCGCUGGGUGUGUGAUUUCCUAUCAAACAGAUUCCAACGUGUAAAGUUGUCAAAUGAUUGUUUCUCUGAAUGGGGUGCUGUUCCAUCUGGUGUCCCUCAGGAAACUAAGCUAGGACCCUGGUUGUUGCUGUUAAUGAUCAAUGACCUCAAUUCAUCUGAAGCGCAUGCUUGGAAGUAUGUAGAUGACACCACGUUAGCUAAAGUUGUUCCACGGAAUGGCGAAACCUUUAUCGAGAACGCCGUUACUGAUAUCGAGAGGUGGUCUAAUGUCAACAAGCUCCAACUGAAUGCUGACAAGUGUAAAGAAAUGGUCAUCGACUUUAAGAGACAAAAACAACAGUUUGACGCAAUCACAAUCAACUCCAAAGAACUCGAACUGGUGGGCAGUGCCGAGGUGGGUAGGCAGUGGGUUGACCAUGUCAACGUAGUAAUCAAGAAAGCGAAUAAACAUUUGUAUUUCUUGAUCUUGCUCAAGCGUGCUAACGUCCCUGCUUGUAAUAUUGUCCAUUUCUACUGCACUGUUAUUAGACCGGUUCUCGAGUAUUGUGCUCCUGUUUUCCAUCAUCCUCUCCAUGUAUACUUAUGUGAUGACCUUGAGCGCAUUCAAAAGCGUGCGCUGUCCAUAAUAUCUCCGGGGUUAUCAUAUGCGGACAAUCUUAGGAAAUUAAAUAUCAGUUCCUUGAGAGACAGGCGGCUGAAACUGUGUAAGAAACUAUUUCAGUCAGUUAUAUCUGAUACCGAGCACAAACCUCACUAUCUUCUGCCACCCAUGAAUAUCUCAGCAUAUAAUCUGAGAAGUCAGCGACCUUUUGACUAAAUUAACUGUCCGACCACACGAACAAAUCGUUUUAGGAUCACUUUUGUCGUUUCUAUGUCAAAGGAGUAGUUUAAAAGGAUAUUGGUGGGGUUCUGAUAUGACUUCCACCACCAUUGCCGCUGCCUCGCGUUAACCUUUUGCUUUUAUGCAUGUUUGGGGUUUUUUUAGUUGUGCUUACAACCUUGGUUGAUCUCUUUUUUAGCGGUGGUGAUGGUGAGGGACAUAUCUGAAUUUGCGCUGAUAUCAUAUAAUAUGUAAUACCAUUACAUUCAGUAAUAUGUAAUUGUGCAUGUGUUGUUUUUAAUUUGUUUGUAAAAUGUAAGUUUUGUUAAUUUUACGCAAUUCAGCCAAUUCGGCUGCCAUGUAAAAUCUAUUAAACUAUCUAUCCAUCUCUAUCUAUCUUUGAACCACAAACGCAAAGCGUGAAAGGCUAAAAGUGUGGCGUGAUCCUCAGGAGAUGUUUUCGUAAUGUCCAAUGAAACAAAUACAAACGUUAUCCAUAAAUGCACAUGGUCACUGAGCAUGCGAUGCGCUAACGCAGACAACAUUGUUUACAUUCCGUCAGUCCGUAUGUUAAACGUAUAAAAUUCGAAAAACUCAGCGAUCCAGAUAUUGCAUUUCCAGAAACGUUGCACGAAAAAACCCUACCAGUCAACUUCCAAGGAAGUGCAGAGUAGGAUAAAUCCAAAAUCCACAGAAAAACGCGCUAAAAUUCGUUGGCAAAUGAAUAAAUUAUUUGAGACUGAAAAAGUCACUCAUUGAUGGCCGCCAUCUUGAAAACUGAUCUGUAUAGUAAACUGGAACGACUGGAACACUGGAAACUGAGCCUGCGAUGCGCUAACGCAAACUAGAUUUCUCGACGACGAAAAAAACAGAAAAAACCCCAGAUAUUUAGGGAUUUAAGACACUUGACCUUUCAGGUCAGUGUAAUAAUACACAGGGUGUAUAAAAAAGGUAAUCGAACUUCAACGCGCUAUUGUAUCUGAAUUAGACUUUUAGCUGUCGUAUGAUAUUAUAUUCUUCAUGCCAAAUGGAUAAAAAAUAAGCAAGUACGAGUCCGAUAAAAAAUUAUAGUCAGAAUAGCAUAUUUUCACUGUUGAGAGUUGGGUCUAAAACCAUUGAAAAUUUAAAAAAGUUAAAAACAAGUUUUAAGUGAAAAUGCUAACGCAAAGUCGAGAAAAUUACGUCCCGAAGCCGGAUCGAACACAGGACUGACUAGAACGUAGCAGUACGUUGCACGCCGAACCUUCUGAGCUGCUGUCGAGCUCGCUGAAGUCCUUCUAAAAGAACUAAUUAUAUAUCACUCCAAUGUUAUAGUGACUGCCAGUCAUUUAUAGUUUUUUUCAAAACCGUGACCGGCUGCCGGUAUUACUGUCCUUCAUGUCUGUUCUCUCUCUGACGGGUUAUUGGCAAGAUGAGUUGCUCGGUUAUGUCAUGUAAAUAGUCACCGGAAAACUUUAAACGAGUUUACAUAAUAUUCUAGUCAUAGAUCUUGUCGUCGCCGAGUAAAUCGGUUAGAAAGGUAGCUUGCCUCCAUAUGCACAUGCCUAAGAUUUUCGUUCCACUAUAUAUUAUUUAUUUUCAAGUUAAAGCCGUAAUUACCGCCCUGAAUGAGCUGUUGUUUACAAAUCUUUAUCAGUUCCCUCAUUUCGUGAUGUCAUUCAUAAAACUGUAGGCAAAGCCAAACACAAGCGUGUUUUUGCGCAUGCUGCUAUCUGGAAAAAAAAUUUUCGCGCUGGAAACAUAUGCGCAAACAGGGUAUAACAAUGUUUCCGCAACAAAAAUAACACUUGGGAAACAUUAAAUGUUUCUGAAUUUGGUAGGAAACAUUUUUGCUUCCGGGGAAGCAAAUUUUGUUUCCGCAACAAUGUUUCCAUGGGUGGGCAAUCAGGGAAACAUUUGAGGAAACAUCGAUCACGAAUCACAAAUGUUUGCGCAACAUUGUUUCCUAGUUUGCCCAUGCAGGGCUUAAGGUUUAAAGUUUAAGCUUACUCACUAACUAUACAUAAACCAAAUGGACUUCGUACAUGAGCCCCCUUAAAUUUCAGUUUCCUUCUGAUUCCACGUAGUCCUUGUGUACUUUAUUUGGAUGGCUAUAUAAGUGAUCAUCAUUUUCGUCCUUCACAGUCUUUUCGAGACCUUUAUACGUCGACUGUUCAUUUUUCUCGUCUUCAUAAUUCGCAUCACCUUUGAUUUAGUCAGGAUUUUCAUAAAUAUCUUUUGAAUUAUUUCUGUUCUUCCUUCCUCUUGUUCUCUCUGUUUGCCUUUUGAUGAUUUCAGUCGACAUCAAUUUGGUAGAUAAAGUAAGCUAGGAUAACAAGUGAAAUAACCAGCAGAACUGCUAUAAUUCCAGCAAGAAAAAGACUUUAUUUCAGCACGCUUUUUUAAAGGAUAUUUACAAAAUUUCAGAAAUAAAAUUAAUGAAAAUAAAAUUAAUAAAAAAUACCAUAUAUGAUAAGACGAAGUAUGGUCCAUUACACCAAGAAACAUUGAUAUAUAAUUUCAAAACAGCUACACCUUGGUUUAACGUAGACAUCUCACGGAAAAACUGCCUUCUUUUAUGAUUUUUGUGACGGUUUUUCCUUGUUUUCUUGUUUAUUAUUAGCAUGACAAAAUUAGUGGAUGCUGAUUGGUUGAGAGGAGUACAAUUAUUUUAUUAAUUGUACUGCAGUACAAUUAAUGAUUUUCCCAUAACAAACAAAAUGGCGGAAAGGAAUUUUAAACACAAGCGUGAAAUGAAAUUGCCCUAGAGGAACUAGAUGAAAAUACAAACAAAAGCACCCAAUGUUGCUUUAACAAAAGAACUAAAUGAAAAUGCGGACAAAAGCACCAAAUUUUGGUUGAAAAUCUGGCAGGACUGGGCUUUGGCGAGAGAAUAUAUGAUGUUAACAUUGAGAAGUAUCCAAUUUUGUCAUGCUAAUAAUAAACAAGUGAUCAUGCGAUGUUACUCGUACAAUUAUGGAUUAAUAGUACUCGUGAUGUUUGGAAAUUUGCCUAUUAAUCCCUAAUUGUACUCGCCAUCGCAUGAUUACCUAUACUUAUUUUUUACUGUUUUCUAGUGUUUUGAAUAAAAUUAAUAAAGAACAUUAUUAUAUUAACAAAGAACAAAUUGUCACCAAACAAAUGGACAACCAUGAUUUUCUAUGAAUAAUAUAGAUUUCAUCUCGACCAACCGUGUAUUCUUUACUCGUGACUUUAUUAUCUAACUCCAAGUCAUCUAUGAAUACAGUUAAAUUGUUUCCCUUUAUUUACCUGUUUAUUCGUUCGUUUUUGAAACAGGACUCCAGUUCGUGGAGUAAUAUCCACUGUAAAGUAAAGGAACAAAUUAUCUGUAACAGUGUUGUUAUAGAUAUACACAAAAGACUUUAUCACGUUGUUGUUACUAUGUUUUGCAUCUGUGUCAAUGCCAAAUUGCUUUUAAAUAGACAACGACAGCUUAAUUUCUAAAGUGUGAUAACCAUAGUCUAUGAAGAUAUGAUGGUCUGGAAGCCCGGCAAACUUCAAUGCUAUACAAAAUAGAAAGUCUUUGUUAGAUGUUGACUUUAUUAAAUAUUAUUCUCGUGGUUGCACUUUCAUCUCAGGUAUUCAUAUUAGACAAUUACUUUAUUAUUUAUAUAUAUAUAUAUAUAUAUAUAUAUAUAUAUAUAUAUAUAUAUAUAUAUAUAUAUAUAUAUAUAUAUAUAUAUAAUGCAGGAAAUAGCAUUUCCGGGUUUCAAAUUUCAAAAAUUUUCUGGGGAUUAUCCCUCUAAUAAGUAAUGAUAAAUUACGGUUAAUAUUCUUUUUAACUUUUUGUGCAUUUUUUCCUUUUUUUAUUUCAAAUACAAGUAUAGUUAGCACAAAUUUUAGAGUAAAUAUGGAUGCUCCGAAUGCAAGAAAUGACAUUUCCGGGAUUCACAUUUCAAACAUUUUCUGGGGGAAUAUACCCCAUUCAUGCGUGGUAUAUUGGCCACACACGUGGUCUUCAACCAUUGCUAUCCCCCUCUAAUAUAUUAUCUCACAGAAAGGUCCCUUUUCAAAAAAUGCCCCCCCCCCAGGAAAAUCCUUAAAAAAGGCCCUGCCAUGGAUUCAUAUGUAUCGAGACAUCAACUCACAUGGGCAGGACACGUCUGGCGAAUGCAGUGGGAGAGGCUACUCCGCAAGAUGCUCACAUGCUGGGUACGCAAUCCUCGACCACGUGGCUGCCCAGAGUUCACAUAUGGGCGUGGCCUUGGGAAAGCUUUGGCGAAGAUCGAGCUGAACAAGAACGACUGGACGAUGUUGGCAGAGGUCGUGCAGCAUAG